CUUGCAUUACAGUUCAAUAUCGCGUAAUGUCGACGGGUCGCUUGUCAAACUCGUCUAUUAACCUCACAAACUUUUAUAUUUCACUGAAUAAUUGACAGUCAAACAUAAUUCAUAAAUCGUAAUGAUACCAUAUUCCAACGAAUCGUGCGAAAUGUAAAACUAUAGGCAGAAAACUAAUUCGCGAGUGUAAAUCGAACGAAAACAACCUUAUCGUGCCGUAAUUACCGCGCACCGUCAAGAUUCCUCUGACAAUAAUAGAGAAUAUCACGGUAUUUAAGUUGAAAAAAAUGUCUAGUGCAAAGAUCAUCGAAAAUCCAGAAGUACCGGGAUUAGAAUGUUUUCUACCGCCACCUCCACCACCCCCACCACCAAUCAUAACUUCGAAAAGCAACAAUUUGCCAAUUACGACGGAACAACAACAACAACAACAACAACCGGUAACGACAGAAGCGACAACGACCGGUUUAACGAGCUGCGAAACAGCGGGAAAUCUAACAAUUGAAGCAGCAGCUACGGCGUUUCCAAACCUCCCUGUGCCAACACCAUAUAUCAUGCAUCCAGCGAUGCAAGCACAAACACCUGGACAACCAACUACUCCCUGGUGGAUACCCACAGACGCGGACACUUCCGAUCUUUAUGCACGAUGGUACGACACGACCUACAAGACGACAGCUGCGGCGGUCGCAUCACCUACUAUAUCAAUUUCCAACAAAGCUAAGAACAAAUAUUACAAACGCAAGAACGAGUUCAUCGAUCCUGCGCAAGAUGCUGAGAAAGUUGCAAGCGCCCAGAGGGAACUGUCAGCAUUAAUGAAACCGCUGAAAUGCGAUCUGUGCAAUGCAGUUAUGAACUCCACAUUGCAAGCAAAGUUACAUUACGAUGGAAAGCCGCAUCAGAAAAAAGUAUCGAUGUUUCUGAAUCAAAGCGUAAAGAAACAGAAAACCGAAGACGGCCAAGUCAGUAGUACGACCAGCGAUUGGCAAAAUUAUUGUGAUAUUUGUAAAACGUGGUUCACGUCGCAAACGGAUGCGACGCAACACUAUGCCGGUAAAAAACAUAUUAGAGCAGUAAACGGGGGACGUCGUGCGAGGCCGUCGAAGAAGUCGCAAAAUCAAAAUCAGUACAGUCAAAUAGAUCCCACCGGCCGAUUCGGGAUAGGAAUGGCUUUUCAGGCAGAAGUGCAAUCUGCACCGGCACAGCCGGUGCUAGUACCUGACGGUACCAAUGCGGUACCCGCGCCGGGGGCGGGGUCCAUCUACACACCACCUCCUUAUCCAACGCCAUUGCGUUGCGAUCUGUGUGGGGUUUCCGCUAAUCGACAGGACCAAUUGGAAACGCACAAGCGUGGCGCCAGGCAUUUGAGAAUGCUCAGGUUGAACGGGUUACCCGUGCCCGAGCCUGCAACCGAGAGCGAAGCGAUACCCGCCACUCCUGGACCAAUAGAUUAUUCCAUUUACCGAACGCCAUCAGGCCAGUAUUAUUGCGCACCGUGCAACCUGUCGUUAAAUUCCGAGAGCACGUUCGCUCAACACGUGGAGAGCAAAAAGCACAAGAAUCAGUCGAACCCAAAGUCUCCGUCUAACGCGGUGGUGGUAUCGAAGAAAGCCAGAUUCAAGAAGAAAUAAGGGCUCGGCGGGAUCGCACGUUAUUUCUUCGUCUUCUGUCCACUGUUUUCACCGAAAACUUUUCUCUCAUUUUUUGAUCAAGCAGAUGUUUUGUCGUUGUAUCGAGGCAACGUGCGACGAUCUGUGCCUAAAGAUAAGAAAUAAAUAACUCUUGUUCGAUAUAUAGAUUCAGUCCGGAUCGGCGGACAAUUUUUUUUUUUUUUUUUAGAGAAGAAACCUUCUCUCUCUGAGAAGAAACCUUCAACAUGGCCGCGAGACUAUAUAAACACGAAAAUUAUAAAUUGAUGCGAAGAUAGAUCGGAUCUUCGCGUGUCUGAUGGGAAAGAUAAGUCUGUUAGUGCGCGAGCGUUAUUUAAAUUAAGCGACGAUUAACUCUAAAUUCGAUUUUUAGCAGAGACGAACGGUUAUUAUGGAUUACGGUGGUGGCUCGUUAACCGUCUCGGUUAGGCUACGCGACUAAUCGCCCACAUUUAUUCAAUUACGAAACCAUUAACUCGAACUCGAGCUCCCCGCCGUUCAAUUCGCGAAAUCACGCGCGCUUCUCUUACCCAGCACGCGUCUUUUGCUCAACGCGUCCAAGUGAAAUUUAUGCGCCGUUUCAUUCCCCGACCUUCCACAAAAUUUAUGACCGAGCCAGCCAGCCAGCCAGCCAUACUCGAAUACCCUCCUCUAUUAAUUACCUCCUAAGACACGUAUGACGGAUUAACGUUUUCAGCCUGUUUUUACUGUCACUUUACCCACGACGAAUAUAUCUUUUGACAGCGAUGGUGACCAACCGAAUAAAAAUGUCGGCGUAAAGCAUGAAUCAACGAACGAGAAACCCUGGAGCUACAUUCACGAUACCCAAAAAUGGCAACGAGGAGGGAACGUAAAAGCUCCUGUCUUUACGUUCUUCUUACCUAUGUCUUUCGAUACAAACCGGGUAUAAUAAUACCAAUUGAAUCGUGUGAAGAGGAAUUUUUCAAAAGGACAAAGAUUAGUCGUCGUUCGCGGCAUAUUCUUUAAGAAAUAUCGAAGCAGCUUGAAAUUAUCGAACAGACCAAAGACACUGUAGGCAGUGCGUAAAUAAUCUCUCGCUUAUGUACGUGGAAAUUCUUACGAAGCAUCUUCUUUCUGAAAUUUGCAUUUCCUAACGAUUUUCUAACAAAUUCACGCUAAUUUAUACUCGACCAUUUUCUUCUUCCUCAAAAGAUUUCCAUCUCUCAAAAACUGCUGCUGUUCUACCUACCAAUGAGCCCAGAGAUUAGGAUCAUCCUCGCACUUGUUCGAUCCUUGCUUUAUACCUGGAUUUUUACGAUUCUACGCGUUCAAAGUGUCCCUCCUCCCUUUUUUCCUAUUCCUCGCUGUGCUGCUCCUCGACGAAAUCCCUUUUCCCUUUUCAUCUUCUCGACCACUCGUGGCGCACACCUAUUAUUUCUCUCUAUUCUUCUAGCCUUUGGAGAAGAGCCGAAAUGCUGAUUUCACGCAACGUAAGCGGAGGGGAAAAUGUUGAAAAUGUUUCGAGCGGUGAAACGGAAGUCGAUUCGCGAGACAAAGGUAAGAAGACGCGAUAAGAAGGAAGAACGGAAAUCGAUUUGUCACGCGGUCAGAUAUAAUGCCCGUAAAAACUUAUUAAUCAUCGGCCGCCCGUUUAGAUAUUCGAUGAAAUUCUUCCCGAUGACUGGAGAGAAUUUCUCGGAAAGUCUGAGAACUCGAAGUAUAUGAGUCGCCCCUUUUUCUUUCUGAAGUCUUGCCGACACUGACACGACAGAAUCACUCGAUAAACGAGAGCAAAUGAUCGGGGGAGGCCUUCGAUUAAAGAUAAACCAGAAAAUUGUCUCACCAGAUAACGAAGAAUUACUCUUCUCUUUUCCUUUUCUUUCUUUUUUUUUUUUUUUUUCAUUCGAGCAAUUAAUAGUUCUCGUUCAAAAUUCACUACAUGACCGCGUACAUCACGUUACGGUACGUGUAACAGACUAAGAGCGACGUGUAAACCUUAUGAUCGAUGAUUAUGCAACUAUUCACGCAGAAAUCCUCUUCCGUGAUUACGUGGAUCCGCGUUAUUAGCAAGACACAGGUCGAUGAAUAAACGUCUCGUCGAAUAAUGAACACCAAUUCGAAUACAGACGUCAAUUUGCUAUCCGUGUAUAUUCGUUUUUCUUUUCU